AUGGCAUCCACGCCGCCCAUGAAGCGGGGCAGGUACUGCUGCAGCCUCUGCGGGCUCCCCAAGAAGGGCCACGACUGCAGCUUCGCCGGCGAGUCACCGGCCCCGGCGCUGAUGCCUGUGGUGGCGCCAGCUGUGGUCGACCCUGCUCCUGUGGCCGCCGACUACAUCAGCGCCCUGCCUGACGACGUCCUCGGAACCAUCAUCUCCUCGCUCCCCACAGACGACGCCGUCCGCACAGAGACAAUCUCCCGACGGUGGAUCCACCUCUGGCGCUCCUCCGCGCCGCUCAACCUCGAUGACAGAGACCUGCACCAAUGGGUCUCUGGCGACAACUUAGUCCCCAUCGUCUCGAAGAUCCUCUCCACCCCACGCCAGACCUAUGCCCGUCGGCUUUGUCUCAACACGCUGUGUUGCCACUCCGGCGACGCAGACCGCUACCCUGUCUUCGACGGGUGGUUCCAGUCCCCCGUUCUCGAUCACCUUGACGAGCUUGAUUUCAGCUACGUGCGGGUGCUCGGCAAUGCCCCCCUUCAGGCUCAAGAGUUGAUGCCGCCCCUGCCGCCGUCCGCCCUCAGGUUUUCCUCCCUCCGCCUCGCCACCAUUAGCCUAUGUCAUUUUCCUCAGGACCUCGCCGGCGUUCACUUCCCAAAUCUUAUCGAUCUGACUCUCUCUCGAAUCACAAACUACGAGAACACCCUCCACGCCAUGAUCGCCGCAUGUCCUCGUCUUCAUACCUUGUUCAUGGAUAGGAACUACCAUUUCCGCCGCGUUUACAUCAGGUCUCACAGCCUUGUGAGCGUCAGACUGUUGGUUGAUCCAUGCAACUAUGUGAUGGAUCAACUCAUCAUCGGCUGCACACCAAACCUGGAAAAGCUGAUCAUCCAGGAGCAAGGUAACGGUCCAAGAAUCAUACGAGUACUUGAUGCACCAAAAAUUCAGAUUUUGGAUUGCCUGCGGACCGACAUGAUGUCUACUGUACAGAUGGGGAAGACAACAUUCCAGGUUACAGAUUAA